UGAAUGUGAUAGUUAUACAGAAGCAUUUUCUUUAGUACAAUUUGAAUUGAAAGAUGCUCUUCAGUAUCACGAAAGAAUAAUCGACACUCAGCAAGUAUGGAUAAUAUUGGAGAAUUAAUUCAAGAAAAAAUUUUAGACAUUAGAAAAGAUGAAGAGGAAAAUGACUGUCUUGAAAAUUGUCCAUUAGAAUGUGUUCCUGUCGACGUUGAAGGGGCAAUGAGGGACUUUAAAGAUGUUGGUAAUAAAAGUGAAGUUAACGUCGAUGCAAUGGUGACGCAAUUAAAUACUGAUCAAAAACGAAUCUUUAAUAGAAUUACUGCUGCUUUAUCUGAUAGUAAUAACGAAGUUCUUCGACUUUAUGUUAGCGAUGAAGGUGGUACUGGAAAGAGUUUUUUGAUCAAAACUAUUAGAUGUUGGAUUAAAAAAUAUAUUGGAGACAAAGAUACAGCGGUAACUGCACCAACCGGUAUAACAGCUUUCAAUAUUGAUGGAUUUACUAUUCAUAGAUUAUUUCAAUUGCCAGUAGAACAUGGCCGUACUGCUAAAUAUAAACAACUUUCUGAUAUAGCUCUUAAAGUUAUACGGGACGAACUUCAGAAUGUUGUUUUAAUAAUUAUCGAUGAAGUUUCAAUAAUUUCAAAUAUCACUUUAAUGUACAUACAUCUUCGACUAACAGAAAUAUUUAAUACCAUGGAUUGUGAUAAUGGAUGGUUCGGCAAAAAACAUAUACUUCUUUUUGGAGAUUUAUUGCAACUUCCACAUGUACAUGAAGAUCCGCCUUUUAUUGAAUUAUCAAAAUUACAAAUUCAGAAGUAUGUUGGUGCAAUGGGUUCUGUAAAUUUAUGGUCUUUAUUCACUUAUGAUGAAUUACAAAUUAAUGUGCGACAACAAGGUGAUGACUCUUAUCGAGAUAUAUUAACGAGAAUUUGAGUUGGAACAGUAACAGAUUCGGAUAUAACUUUUAGAAACGAGAAAAAUUAAUUUUAGAGAAACUAAUUAUGACGACCGAUUACAAGAUUUAUGUAAUUACUUACAAAAUUUACCAAUGGAUACAGUUUGUUUACUUCCAACUUGUGCAUUAUGUGAUAUUUUGAAUACUGCAAUGUUAGAUCGUAUUUCUUCGGAUAAGAUAGAACUCGUUGCUCAAGAUCUGGCAGAAUGUGCAUCAUAUUUAAAGAAAAAAGUUAUGAAGAUAUUAAAUAAAGACGAUGAAGAUAGUUCUCGAACAGCUGGAUUAGCAAGAAUCAUAACUGUCAAAGUAGGAGCGCGUGUAAUGAUUAGAAGAAAUAUCGAUAUUAGUUUAGGUCUUAUGAAUGGUACCAUUGGUACAAUUACAUCAAUUAUACGUAGCGCAAUUGACAA